AUGUUUUUGCGUGAACAUCGUUUUAAAGCCCCGAAGCAAAAUUAUUCUGCCCACGAAUAUAUGUUUCAUGCUCCUCCUCCUGCUGCUCCUCCUCUUACUGCUCCUCCUCAUGCUGCUCCUCCUCUUACUGCUCCUCCUCAUGCUGCUCCUCUUCAUGCGUCUCCUUCUCUUACUGCUCCUCCUGCUGCUACUCCUCUUACCGCUCGUCCUCCUGCUGCUCCUCCUCUUACUGCUCCCCUUGCUUCUCCUCCUGCUGCUCCUCUUACUGCUCGUCCUCAUGCUGCACCUCCUCUUACUGCUCCUCCUCUUAUUGCUCCUCCUCCUCUUACUGCUCCUCCUCCUUUUGAUGCUGCUCCUCCUCCUCAUGCUGUUCCUGCUCAUGCUGCUCCUCCUCUUGAUCCAGCAUGA